CUGCGACUUGCUACUGUCAUACUAGUAUAAAUCCUCCUCUGUAUAUUCAGGCAGUCCUUCUCUGCACGCUAAGCUGCAGUGUCGUCAAGUCCAGGCUACAAAGUAGCUUCAACUUCUUCUUCAGUCAUGGCAGACCAGGCUUUUGUGACGUUGGCUACCAAUGACAGCUAUGCUCGUGGUGCCAUGGUUUUGGGCAAGUCCCUCCGCAACCACAACACUUCCAAGAAGCUGGUGGCUCUCGUUGGUCCACAUGUGUCAGAUCCAUGCCAGUGUGUGCUGAAGAGGAUCUUUGACGAGGUGAGGGUGGUGAACGUGCUGGACAGUGGCGACACGGCGCACCUUGCCAUGAUGAAAAGGCCUGAUCUGGGUGUCACCUUCACCAAGCUCCACUGCUGGACGCUGACACAUUACUCCAAAUGUGUUUUCAUGGAUGCAGACACACUGGUGCUCUCAAAUAUAGAUGAGCUGUUUGACCGGGAAGAGUUGUCGGCUGCUCCUGACCCCGGUUGGCCUGACUGCUUCAACUCCGGUGUGUUCGUUUUUCGUCCUUCCAACGAGACUUACGGCAAACUGCUUCAGUAUUGUACGGAACACGGCAGCUUUGAUGGAGGUGACCAAGGUGUUUUGAAUGGCUAUUUCAACAACUGGGCAACAGCCGACAUAACCAAACAUCUCCCCUUCAUCUACAACCUCAGCAGCAUAGCCAUCUACACCUACCUUCCAGCAUUCAAGCAAUAUGGCGGUAACGCAAAGGUGGUCCAUUUCCUGGGGAAGACCAAGCCGUGGAGUUACACAUUCGACCCCAAAGCCAGACAGUUUUCAGGCAGCGUGGAUGAGGCCAGCGCACACCCCACCUUCCUUCUCGACUGGUGGACCCUGUACUCCAGCAAGGUGGUGCCGCUGCUGCAGGAGCAAUAUGGAGACCAGCCUUUCUACUCCGGAUGUGUGGAGGGUGAGAGCAGCGGUUUCGCACUCGGGCCCCAGCUGUCUUCAGAGGAACGGAAGCAGAAAUGGGAGCAAGGUCAGGCAGACUACAUGGGAAUGGACUCCUUUGAUAACAUCAAGAGAAAGCUCGACAGUUUUCUCAAAUAAAGAAGCGACAAACCAGGAGAUGAAAAAAUCAGUUUUGGUAUAACAUCUAUCGUUACAGGUCUUGCAGUAUAACAAUAAAAUAAAUUUGCAUUUUAUUUGUUUUCUACCAGUUUAAGAACUAGAUAUGAGUUAAGUCUCCCUCCACCAGCACUAUCUCCGAAAUACUCCAAAGACAGCCGUUCAAAAGGGGAAUGGUUAUCUAAUACUGACGGCUUUAGUUUAUGCAAGACUGUCAUUCAGUCCACCCUGCGACAGGUAUCUGUUCUGCUACACUGUGAAGAAAAACAGGGAGAUUUGUUACAACUUUUUUUUUCACCUGCAUCAUAUUUUUUGCAGUGUUCUUUUUGUCCAACACAGGUUGAACUGGGCCUUCAGUGUGUUGAAGAUCUGCAGUCAUUUACAUGAACACUUUUCUUUUCUUUUUUCUUUUUUUAAUGCAGUCACCGAUCAGUUUUCUAAGCACUAGCAUUUUGAUUUCCUCAUGAGUAAAUGAGUCUUUGCUUUUGAGUUAAGCUGUUAAUCAUCCAUAUAACAUUAUAUUUACGGCACUAUUAAAGGCCACAGCACGUCAUUGAGCCAUAUGUGUACACAUGAUCUUAGUGCCUUAGUGUCACGCUCUUGCUUAUUGAUUAGCAGCUUUUCUGCCACUGGGUAGGUUUUUAACUUUCUUGCAUUGUACUUGUCUAUGAUGUUGGAUAUUAGAGAGGAAUAUUAAAACCAUUAAAGUUUUGGAUUUGGUGCCA